CUGCUCUCCUGCAUCUCUCUCUCUCUCUCUCUCUCUCUCUUUCUCUCCGUCUGUGUUUUUCUCCAUCCUGCCGUCCUGUACUCCCUCUGCUGUGUUGUCGUGGCGACAGAGCCAGUGCAGCCAUGACGACCAGCCAGCAGGAUUCUGGUUUCUUUGACAUCAGCAUCAAGUCUCUGCUGAAGUCCUUAGGAGGCACCUCUCCGGUGGGCCUGAAGCCACCCCUCCCCCCCGCCAGCGGCCCCUUGUCAGAGAGGAAGGGUCCUGUCGCCAUGGUGCCUGUUACCGUGGACCCCGAGAGCAAGCCGGGGGAGUUCGUCCUCAAGAGUCUGUUCGCUAACUUCACCUCCCUCUCAGAGAGGAAGAUACGCAUCAUCAUGGCCGAACCACUGGAGAAGCCUCUCAACAAGUCACUACAGAGAGGAGAGGAUCUACAGUUUGACCAGUUGAUCAGCACUAUGAGUUCUUUGGCUGAGUACUGUCUCCCCUCCAUCCUGAAGACUCUGUUUGACUGGUAUAAACGACAGAAUGGACUGGAGGACGAGAGUCAUGAAUACAGACCCAGGGUCAACACCAAGUCCAAGAGUGAUGAGCAGCAGAAGGACUACUUGUUGGAGCGGAGGGAUCUGGCCAUAGACUUCAUCUUCUCCCUGGUGCUCAUAGAAGUACUCAAACAGGUAAAACUGCUGUGUGUUUCAUCCUCAGGAAUACAUGGUGGUGGCAUUAACCUGGCUUUCAGACACUUCAAGUACAAGGAGGGAAACUGGGCCUGUCACACACGAACAUGCAUAUGGUGCGCUGACCUGUUGGAUGACGUAUUGAUUUCCCUCCCAAAUGUCUGUGCUGCCAGGUUCCCUGCUGUGAGGAGGAAGUUCAUCUCUGAGCUGAAGGAGUUGAGACAGAAGGAACAGAACCACUAUGUUUUCCAGUCUACCAUCAGCCUCAUCAUGGGAGUCAAGUUCUUCAGGAUCAAGAUGUACCCUGUAGAGGACUUCGAGGCCUCCUUCCAGUUCAUGCAGGAGUGUGCCCAGUAUUUCCUGGAGGUGAAGGAUAAGGACAUUAAGCAUUCUCUGGCUGGACUCUUCGUAGAGAUACUGGUUCCUGUAGCUGCAACGGUGAAGAAUGAGGUGAAUGUUCCGUGUCUGAGGAACUUUGUAGAGAGUCUGUAUGACACCACGCUGGACCUGUCCUCUAGGAAGAAACACUCUCUGGCUCUGUAUCCGUUGGUGACCUGUCUGCUGUGUGUCAGUCAGAAGCAGCUCUUCCUCAACCGAUGGCACAUCUUCCUCAACAACUGUCUCUCCAACCUCAAGAAUAAGGAUCCCAAGAUGGCUCGCGUGGCUCUAGAGGCUCUCUAUCGUUUGCUCUGGGUCUACAUGAUCAGGAUCAAGUGUGAGAGCAACACUGGAACACAGAGUCGUUUGACGUCCAUCACCACCACUCUGUUCCCUAAGGGCAGUCGUAGUGUCGUACCCAGAGACAUGCCACUCAACAUCUUUGUCAAGAUCAUACAAUUCAUAGCACAGGAAAGACUCGAUUUCGCCAUGAAGGAGAUCAUCUUUGACCUGCUGUGUGUCGGGAAGCCUGCCAAAGCUUUCAGUCUCAACCCAGAGCGUAUGAACAUAGGUCUGAGAGCCUUCCUGGUGAUAGCUGAUGCCCUGCAGCAGAAAGACGGGGAGCCUCCCAUGCCCAACACCGGAGCCACUCUGCCCUCUGGAAACUCUCUGAAGAAGAAGAAGACUUACCUCAGCAAGACACUCACUGAGGACGAGGCCCAACUCAUAGGUAUGUCGCUGUACUACUCCCAGGUGCGUAAGGCCAUAGACAACAUCCUGAGACACCUGGACAAGGAGGUGGGCCGCUGCAUGAUGCUCACUAACGUACAGAUGCUCAACAAGGAACCAGAGGACAUGAUCACAGGGGAGAGGAAGCCUAAGAUAGAUCUGUUCAGGACGUGUGUGGCAGCUAUUCCUCGUAUCCUCCCUGACAGCAUGUCCAAACCUGAACUCAUAGACCUUCUGUCACGUCUGACUGUCCACAUGGACGACGAGCUGCGCCUCAUCUCCCAGAAUUCCUUGCAGAGCCUGCUGCUGGACUUCUCUGAUUGGAGGGAGGACGUCCUGUUUGGAUAUACACACUUCCUGCUCCGAGAGGUUCAGGACACACACCAGGGUCUACAGGACUCCUCCAUCAAACUGCUGCUGCAGCUGCUCACACAGUGGAGGCUCACACUGCAGGUCCCUGGGAACAAACGGGCUGCUGAGGCCAGUCCCAGACUACCAGACCGUAGUCCUCACUGCUCAGUGCUUCAUGCUGUAGAAGGCCUGGCUCUGCUUCUCCUCUGCUCCUGUCAGACCAGCACACGCAAACUGGCUGUGUCUGUCCUCAGAGAGAUACGCAUCCUCUUCAAUACUAUAGGACACGCAGAGGAUGAUGACAAGCCUAUGAUAGAGGUGAUGGACCAGCUCAGUCCUGCUGUCAUGGACAGCUUUGUACACGUGGCCGUGUCCGACUCUUCCACCCUCCCUCUCAGCCACCACGUAGACCUACAGUGGUUGGUGGAGUGGACAGCCAGACUGGUAAGCAGUGCCUACGACGUGAAGAGUCCCAGCCAUGUAUGGAUCUAUGCCCAGUGUGUCAAAGACCCCUGGGUACUCUGUCUGCACAGCUUCCUGCGCCAGGAACACCUCCCCAAACUCUGCCCUACCGCACUCAGCUAUGCCUGGCCAUACGCUUUCACCAGGCUACAACUGCUGCUGCCACUGGUUGAUCCCAAUAGUCCAGUGAAUGCUAAGAAGACCUCGUCAGCAGGCUCCAGUGACAGCUCCAUCUCGCUGUGGCGGAACUACCUGAUCCUGUGCCUGGGCGUGGCCAAACCCAGCAUCAUGUCACCUGGUCACCUGAGAGCCUCCACACCUGAAAUCACUGCUACCACACCUGACGGCAGUGUUACCUACGACAACAAGGUGAUAGGUACUCCGUCAGUGGCAUGGCUCCUGAAACAGCUGGUCCCUCUGAUGAGAGCUGAGAGCAUAGAGAUCACUGAAUGUCUGGUGCUGGGCCUCGGACGCACCAACGCACUGGUGUUUAGGGAACUAGUGGAGGAGCUCCACCCACUGAUGAAGGAAGCUCUGGAACGCAGGCCUGAGAAUAAGAAACGUCGUGAGAGGAGGGACCUGCUCAGACUGCAGCUUCUCAGGAUCUUUGAACUGCUGGCCGACGCUGGAGUCAUCAGUGACAGUACUAACGGAGCGUUGGAGCGUGACAGCCUGGCGUUAGGAGCUCUGUUCUUGGAGUACGUGGACCUGACCCGGAUGCUGCUGGAGGCCGAGAAUGACAAGGAGCUGGACGUCCUCAAAGACAUCAGGGCCCACUUCUCUGGCAUGGUGGCCAACCUCAUACAGUGUGUCCCUGUCCACCACCGGCGCUUCCUGUUCCCUCAGCAGUCUCUGAGGCACCACCUCUUCAUCCUGUUCAGCCAAUGGGCUGGCCCCUUCAGCGUGAUGUUCACGCCCCUCGACCGCUACAGCGACCGCAACCACCAGAUCACCAGAUACCAGUACUGUGCUCUGAAGGCGAUGUCAGCGGUGCUGUGUUGUGGUCCAGUGUUUGACAACGUGGGUCUCUCUACUGACGGAUAUCUCUACAAAUGGCUGGACAACAUCCUGGCCUGCCACGACCUACGGGUGCACCGUCUGGGUUGUGAGGUGGUGAUUCUGCUGUUAGAGCUGAACCCAGAUCAGGUGAACCUGUUUAACUGGGCUGUAGACCGCUGCUUCACUGGCUCCUACCAACUGGCCUCAGGAUGCUUCAAGGCCAUCGCUACUGUCUGUGGCAGUAGGAAGUACCCAUGUGACAUAGUGACUCUGUUGAACCUGGUCCUGUUCAAGUCUUCAGACACCAGCAGAGAGAUAUACGAGAUCUCCAUGCAGCUGAUGCAGGUUCUGGAAGCCAAGCUGAGUGUGUACUCUAAGCGUGUGGUGGAGCAGAAGCCUGGUAACAUUCUGUAUGGGACCCAUGGACCUCUACCUCCUCUCUACAGCGUCUCUCUGUCCUCACUCUCUACCCAGCUGGCCUCCAUGUACCCCGAGCUCACACUGCCUCUCUUCUCAGAGGUGUCCCAGCGUUUCUCCACCACCCAUCCUAACGGCAGACAGAUCAUGUUGUCCUACCUGCUACCCUGGCUGUCUAACAUAGAGCUAGUGGAUACAGGCCUCCUACCCCCUGCUUCCAGCCCCUGUACCCCAGAAGAGGAGCCCCGUGGUCGGGCACACACCCUGGGUCUCGCCCCUCGGCUCCGGGGGAACGGCUGGGGCUCCCUCCAGGCCAGCUCUCUGGUCCUCAACAACCUCAUGUUCAUGACUGCUAAGUAUGGAGACGAGGUUCCAGGUCCAGAGAUGGAGAACGCGUGGAACGCCCUGGUGUCCAAUGAGAAGUGGAUUAACAACCUGCGGACAGCGCUCCAGUUCCUCAUCAGUCUCUGUGGAGUCAGCUCUGAUACCACACUGCUGCCCUAUAUCAAGAAGGUGGUGAUCUACCUGUGUCGUAACAACACCAUCCAGACCAUGGAGGAGUUGUUGUUUGAGCUGCAGCAGACAGACCCAGUCAACCCUGUGGUUCUGCACUGUGAUAACCCGCCCUUCUACCGCUUCGCAGCCAGUAACAAGAUGUCUGCUCACCACUCAGGCACUACGUCCAGCAGCAACACAGUAGUGGCAGGACAGGAGAACUUCCCAGAGACAGAGGAGUCCAAGCUGGCCAGAGAGAGCGAGGAGAGGUGGGUCCCCAUCACAGCGCCCUUUGGGGCCAAGGCUCACAACCGACUGGAGUCUCGCUACAGUAACAGCUCUGGCGGUUCCUAUGACGACGAGAAGAAUGACCCUCUCCCGCCGUAUGCUGGUUGGCUGAUGAGCGUGUUGGAGACCAAUCGGCCACAGCCGUUGCCCAUGCCAGUUAACGGAGGUUGCUGGGCACCGCUGGUGGACUACCUUCCUGAAACCAUCACACCUAGGGGACCACUACACAGGUGUAAUGUAGCAGUGAUCUUUAUGACAGAGAUGGUGGUGGACCACAGUGUGAGAGAGGACUGGGCCCUACACCUUCCACUACUGCUGCACGCCCUCUUCCUGGGUUUGGACCACUACAGGCCAGAGGUGUUUGAACACAGCAAGCGUCUCCUCCUCCACCUCCUCAUCGCUUUAUCCUGCAACAACAACUUCCAGGUGAUAGCCUCUGUGCUGCUGCUCACCAGAGAGAUCAGCGACAACAAAACCCUCACCAUCAAAUCCAGCUAUCAGCCAGAGUACCAGUACUCAGGUGGUCCUGACUUCCUGCGGGAGUGGCAGGCGUCCCCGGUGGCUGACUCAGGCAUGAGCUCCUCCUCCAAUUCUUCUUCUGCCAGUCUGGGCGGCGGCAGCACGGGGGGCAGUGUGGGUAACCUGCCCAUGGUAACCCCCGACGACCUGGAGGACCUAGAGGACACAGCCAGUGAGACAGACAACAAGACCAACAAACUGAUAGAGUUCCUCACCACCAGAGCGUUUGGCCCGCUGUGGGUCCAUGAGGACAUCACUCCUAAGAACCCCAACUGUAAGAGCUCUGACCAGCUGUCCAACUUCCUCCGACACGUCAUCUCUGUCUUCAAGGAGUCCAAGUCAGAUUUCCACCUGGAGCAGCAGUUGAGUGACGUAGCAUUGCAGACCGCUCUGUGCAGCUCGUCUCGUCACUACGCUGGGCGGAGCUUCCAGAUAUUCAGAGCUCUCAAACAGCCAAUCAACGCUCACGCUGUCUCCGACCUGCUCUCAAGAUUGGUGGAGGUGGUGGGAGAGCACGGUGACGAGGUGCAGGGCUAUGUAAUGGAGGUUUUGCUGACUCUAGAAUCAGUGGUGGUGAACCUGGCUGAGUGUCUGAAGAACAGUGAUCUGAUGGCUGCUCUUACCAGGACCUCCUCCCCAGACUUCUUGACCAAUGAGAAGCUUGAGAAACAGUUUAACAGGAAGAGCACUGGCCAGCUCAACCUGCCGGGGGUCGGGCUUAGCGGCCUCUCAGCCGAACGCAGCCGACACCAGCGGUCCUAUUCCGUCCCCAAAAAGUUUGGGGAGAGCGGCAACCAAUCACACGACCCGCCUCGCAGCGCUACCCUCGACCGCAUCCAGGCCUGCACCAAUCACGGCCUGGGCCGGCCCGGACGGAGUAUACACGCCUCCUCGGCGUCUACCAAUCGAAUUGAUCCUAGCGUGCUGUCUGAUCCUGCCCAUGUGUCCCAUCCUUCGUCCCUAUUGGCUACGGUGUUCUGGGUGGCGGUGUCACUCAUGGAGUCAGACUUUGAGUUUGAGUAUCAGAUGUCCCUAAGGCUGGUCCACAAGCUUCUGUCUAAGGUGCCCCUGGACCGGGCAGAGAACCGUGAGCGUUUGGAGAAGCUGCAGGCCCAGCUGAGAUGGAGUGGUUUCUCUGGACUACAACAGCUGCUGUUAAAGGGCUUCACCUCCCAGACCACCUCUGACCUCACCCUGCAGCUCUUCUGUCAGCUCACACCUGUCUCACGAGUCCCCGUGGUCGACACAUCACAGGCUAUAGGUUUUCCUCUGAACGUGCUGUGUCUCUUGCCUCACCUGGUGCAACACUUUGGCCGCCCCACUCAGUUCUGUAAGGAGAGCGCUGAGAGGAUUGCACAGGUAUGUCUGGAGGAGAAGAACACUAAGCUGUCCCACCUGGCCCAUGUGAUGACCCUGUAUAAGAACAGGUCCUACACGCGGGACCCCUUCUCCUGGGUCAGUGUGGUGUGUCGUUAUCUCCACGAGGCCUUCGCUGACAUCACACUCAACAUGGUCACCUACAUGGCUGAGCUCCUGGACAAGGGCCUACCCAGCAUGCAACAGUCGUUGCUCCAGAUCAUCUACUGUCUGUUGAGCCACAUGGACAUGACGGCUGUCCAGGUCAAACAGUUCAACGCUGACGUCCUGAAGACCAUCGAGAAGUUUGUACAGACGGUGCACUGGAAGGAUGCGUUGAACAUCCUGAAGCUGGUGGUGUCCAGGUCAGCCAGUCUGGUCCACCCGGCGUAUAGCCACGCCCACAGUGACCUCUCUAACCUGGAGGUCAGUAGGAUCUGGGACGGAUCAGCCAAGGCCCUUCCCGGCAAGACACUGGACUUCACCUUCGACAUCUCAGAGACUCCAGUGAUCGGGCGGAGGUUUGAUGAGCUGCAGGGGUCAGGGGGUAGAGAGGGGAAGGCCAGGGCUGUGACCCGUAGUACCUCCUCCACCUCCUCUGGUUCUAACUCCAACACCGUCCUAGUGCCUGUCAGCUGGAAGAGACCUCAGUCCUCACAGAAGAGAACGAGAGAGAAGCUGGUGAAUGUUCUGUCUCUGUGUGGACAAGAGGUUGGCCUCACCAAAAACCCCUCGGUGAUCUUCUCGUCCUGUGGGGACCUGGACAUGAUGAUGGAGGUUCAGGGGAGCGGCGUGUCUUCGGAGGAGGGUGGAACCAGAGAAGACACGCUGGAUGACACGGCGUCGGAGCAGCAGUUCAGAGUGUUCCGAGACUUUGACUUCCUGGAUGUAGAGCUGGAGGACGGAGAGGGCGAGAGCGUGGAUAACUUUAACUGGGGUGUGCGGAGGCGUUCUCUGGACAGUACAGAGCUGGGUGACCUGCUGGAGGAGAGCCAACACUCUGGCAGCACCCCCAGCCUGGGACAGGAAGACCCACAGGACUCUGACCAAUCAUCAGAGGAAGACGAGUCCUCUACUAGUCAGAGUCUGUCUCACUCACAACUGACUAACCUCUCUCCAUCAGAAGAGACCAACCACACAGACUCGCUCUCUAUGUCGUACGACACCUCGUCAGCCGACCCACAAUCCCUCAACGCCACCACACCAGGGACCAGCCAGGGACCUCCGCAUGACGAGCAGGGAGGACUACGGGGGGGUGUGAGUGUAUGUGGUGAGGAUGAAGACACCCAGGGACAGGACGAUGACCUGUCUCUCAGUGUGAAUGACCUUCCCCAGGGACAGGACGAUGACCUGUCUCUCAGUGUGAAUGACCUUCCCCAGGGCCUGGGAUCUGACCUGUCUCUCAGUGUGAAUGACCUUCCCCAGGGCCUGGGAUCUGACCUGUCUCUCAGUGUGAAUGACCUUCCCCAGGGCCUGGGAUCUGACCUGUCUCUCAGUGUGAAUGACCUUCCCCAGGGCCUGGGGUCUGACUGUUGGGAGGGUGAGAGCUUCACUCUGGACCUGGCUGGUCAGCCUCUGGACCUGGACCACCAUGGACACCAUGGACACAGCAUGGAGCUCUGUAGACCCCCGCUGGGGUUUCUAGACUCUAGCUGUCUGCCCAGUCUCCGUGAUGACGUGGAUGACCUAGAGGACCUUGGUUUCCCUCCUCCCCCCUCACCGUUCUUCUCCGCCAUCUUGGCUGCGUUCCAGCCCACUGUUUGUGACGACGCAGAGGAGGCGUGGCGUUGCCAUAUCAACCAUCUGGUCACCGACUCAGACGGCUCCUGUGCUGUCUAUACCUUCCACGUCUUCUCAUCGCUCUUCCAGAACAUCCAGUCUAAGUUCUGUUCCCUGACCAGUGACGCCGCUGGUUACCUAGGAGACGGCCUGAGGGGCAUCGGGUCAAAGUUCGUGAGGUCAUCUGACAUGUUGACAACGUGUUCCGACUGCCCCACGCUCUACGUCGACGCUGAUACGAUCAUCUCCUAUGGUUUACUAGAGAAGAUGAAGUUCAGUGUGUUGGAGCUGCAGGAGUAUCUGGACACCUACAACAACAGAGAGGAGGCCGCUGUCUCAUGGCUGAGGAACUGUAAGGACACGUUUCCCAGGUGCCCUGGCGAUGGCGUGAUUACCUGUCAGCCAGGAGACUCAGAGGAGAAGCAACUGGAGCUGUGUCAGCGCCUCUACAAGCUGCACUUCCAGCUGCUCCUCCUCUUCCAGUCCUACUGCAAGCUGAUUGGACAGGUCCACGCUGUCAGCGCUGUGCCUGAGCUGCUAAACAUGUCUCGAGAGCUGAGUGACCUGAAGACCAGUCUGAGAGCAGCAGAGGCAGCAGUGGCCAGCGACCUGGAGCACACACAGCUGGCCCACACCCAGACGCAGGCCUCUGCCGCCCUGCCCAGCUUCACCUCCUCCGAGGCAGCCGUACAGGCCAUCCUGGAGUGCCUCAACAACCAGGAGUUCAGCAAGGCCAUACGCUACAUCCACGAGUGCAGGAGGCUGUGGCCUAACGGUGUGUUUGGCGGUGGGUCAGAGAGCGAGGUGCAGACCCUCCUCAACGUCUACUUCCGACACCAGACCCUGGGCCAGACGGGAACCAUCGCCCUGGUCGGGUCACGCCAGGACCUCAGCCUCAUCUGUUCCAAGCUGCUGGAGCUCAACGGGGAGAUCCGGGACAUGAUCCGCCGCGCCCAGGGCUACCGGGUGGUCAACACCUACCUCCCCGACUCCUCGGCCUCAGGGACCAGCCUCUGACAGCAGCACAGGAGCCCCCCUUGUACCCCUCCUCCUCCACCCACUCUGACCCCACGAACCUCAUCAUCCCUGUCACCCCUACUGUCCCUAAUCCCAUCGCAGGUGGUGCUGUUACCCCCGACCAUAACUCUGCCACCCCCCACAUCUCAACUGCCCCAAACCCAGCCUCUCUUCUGGCCUCUCCCUCCAGCUCAACCAUAGACUGGUUUCUGCCCUUACUCGUAGACUUCUCCUACCCUCCCCCAGACCUCCCCACACCCCACCAUGAGUGCACAAACACACGUCAGGCCUCUCACACACACUCAUUACAGUGCAUCCCAAACCUCAGCCCUAACACACACACUCCACUCAAACCAGGUAACACAUUGCCGACCGUAGCCUCUUGCCCAGACUUACACACACACACACUCACAGACACAUUUCCUCCUAUCCCACCUUGUGGCUCACACCUCCAUCCAACCCCUCCCCCUGUCCUAGACACACCUCCAACCCCCAUACUAACCCGUCUUAGUACACACUCUGACAAACACACAUUUCCUCCUAUCCCACCUCGUGGACCACAUUGCCUCUACUCCCCAUACACACAACCAGAACCAGUCUUAGAUACACAAGGUCUGGCCCCUCUCCCUCUCCCUCCUCCUCUUCCUCCUCCUCCUCCUCCUCUUCUCCCAGCCCAAGGUGCAGAGGUGGGGUGGGGGUGCUGCUGCACCCUCGGAGGGGAUGCUACACCCCUGUCCCGUUACCUGGGGAAGGUGGGUCACGCCGCCCGGCCCCUACUCAGACUGGGGGGGCUCCUGAACCCUAAAAAACCCUCCGAUGUUCACACCUGAGGGUCAAUAUACCUGAUACCUGAUUGACUCACCUGAUGAUGCUGACCACACCUGAAGAUCUCAACCACACCUGAAGAUCUCAACCACACCUGAUGAUGCUGACCCCACCUGAAGAGCUCAACCACACCUGAUGAUGCUGACCCCACCUGAAGAGCUCAACCACACCUGAUGAUGCUGACCCCUCCUGAAGAGCUCAACCACACCUGAUGAUGCUGACCCCACCUGAAGAGCUCAACCACACCUGAUGAUGCUGACCACACCUGAAGAUCUCAACCACACCUGAUGAUGCUGACCCCACCUGAAGAGCUCAACCACACCUGAUGAUGCUGACCCCACCUGAAGAGCUCAACCACACCUGAUGAUGCUGACCCCUCCUGAAGAGCUCAACCACACCUGAUGAUGCUGACCCCACCUGAAGAGCUCAACCACACCUGAUGAUGCUGACCACACCUGAAGAUCUCAACCACACCUGAUGAUGCUGACCCCACCUGAUGAUGCUGACCACACCUGAUGAUCUCAACUACACCUGAAGAUCUCAACCACACCUGAUGAUGCUGACCACACCUGAAGAUCUCAACCACACCUGAUGAUGCUGACCCCACCCGAUGAUGCUGACCACACCUGAUGAUCUCAACCACACCUGAAGAUCUCAACCACACCUGAUGAUGCUGACCACACCUGAAGAGCUCAACCACACCUGAUGAUGCUGACCCCACCUGAAGAUCUCAACCACACCUGAUGAUGCUGACCACACCUGAAGAUCUCAACCACACCUGAUGAUGCUGACCACACCUGAAGAUCUCAACACACCUGAUGAUGCUGACCACACCUGAAGAUCUCAACACACCUGAUGAUGCUGACCACACCUGAUGAUGCUGACCACACCUGAUGAUGCUGACCCCACCUGUGGAUUAAAAGACCUAAGUACCCGAGGGACCAAAGGACAAUACCUGAAACACCUGAUGAACCUGAGGAUUUACCUGACCUGAAAUCAGACUCAACCUGUCAAUGAAAAUACCUGAUCUCAGUGAAACCUUAGGAUUGACUUACCUGAUCGUAGUUACACGUUAUAAUCAUGUGACCUUCUCCCAGCCAUACCUCAGAAUUGACACACCUGUGGAGUACCCACACCGGAACCUGAUCCCAGGCAGCAAUAACAAAAAAAUCUGCUGAAGAAACUGUUUGAAUUAGAAUUAACAAACCUGAUCUUGAUGACAGCUGACCAAGACCUCAACCGGGAGAGACCUGGGGAUGAUCAAACCGUGAGCUGAAGAUUAGAAUACCUGGUCUCAGCAUUAGCUAGUCCUACCUGGGGAAGACAAGAUGGGUACGACAUGACCCUGACGAAGGAAGUAUCUACCUGUUACCACCAGGUAACCCGGGGAACCUCUACCUUACUGGGUGAAUGUCCCAGAGUCACGGCUUCUAUUGCACUAACAUGGGCUUCUGAGAGGAGGAGCCGUUACUACUACUGAGGGAGAAAUUCAAUCAUGCUGUAUAUCUGUGAGAGAGGGAGAUAAGAGGCCAAGGACUGGAAGGUUAUAUCUCUCACCACGUGUGUAUCUACUGUUUAAAGAGUUUAUUUAGGGGAGAACGUGCAAUGCAUGACCUAGCUGAAUGCUGUAUUCUAGAAUCUACUGGUCUGUUCCAGAAUCCCUGGCCUCUAGUUAGCAUUGGUUACCUGGACGAUGUUUAGUUCUACAACUGACAGAAGGGAGCAUUCACGAUAAAGACUGUUAGGAUCCGUCUGCAUCGCGGCCCUCCCCCUUCCACACGGAGCUGCAUUGUGUGCAGACAGGAUGCAGACCAGUAUUCGUGUGUUUAAUCCCUUUGCCUGGUUUUGAACCUGAAAGCUUCUUGUGUACUAGUGAACCAGCUCCUCAGACUACUGUAGUACACCCAUACAUUGUUGUAGCAUAUCGAACAAAUUGUGGGCCUACGUAUAUACACACACUUGUUACCGUGACCAUCCUAUAUUGUGAUGUGUGCGUGUACACACAUUAAACACUGAAAUACUCCCAUAGUCCACUGUAACGUGGACGUGUGUGCUGACAUUCACUUGUUUCAUGUUCAAAACUAAACAUGUUGAGCUACUGUUCAAAUAACUGCUGGGCCCUGCUCCAAUACUUUUAAGUCCUUAACUUCCAUCCUUUCAAGGAAUCAUUAAGGGUGGGUAGGUCUAAGCAAAAGGUUCAAAUACAGAGGUUUGAUAUAUUUAGUGAAGCGGCCAAGGAAGGAUGCAUUUUUUUUUUUUUUUUAAUAACUGUAACAGGGCCAUGGGUACUUCCUGUGGUGGUUAGUCACUUGUGAUUUUACUUUCGAGUUGUCAGUCUUUAGGCUUAUUUAUACCCGAUUAAGAGCUAACCUACUCCUUACCAGCUUUAUCAAUUUCUCAUGUUCCUUCAAUUCAAACCAAUUUUAACUGCCAUGCAUGUAUAUUGUAUGUAAUUUUAGAAAUGUAUUCAUAAGAUUAAUAUUUUAGCUGAAAGACACAUUUGUAUGAGGUACAAAAGGUUUGUGUGCGAGAAGUGUGCAUCCAAAAGAAACUGCACUUAAGCAUUGUGGUG